AUGGCGCCAAUGAGACAGCAGAGUAAUUACAGUAGUAGUAAUUUUGAUGGCGAGGCCGUUGUCCGUCAGGCCAAUGUCCUUGCCAGCUGCUACAUCGUCGACUCUGCCGCGACUCUUCGCGGUCUCCACUACUGCACUACCGGGGCCGCAGGACUACCAUCACCUCCAUCAAGCCCCCCCCUCGCGGCCAUAACGGCAUCCAACCAGCUCGCGCUGCUUCCCAAAGCCACCAAGCAGCGCCAGCAGCCCGGUAAGAGGAUCAGCCGUCGAGGGGGGGCAGCACUUACGAUCAGGGAAGAAUGUGAGAGAUUCUUUUGCGAGUCCAUGAAGGCUGUGUUCCGCGGUGAGAGGGGCACUGGUCCGAAUGGCUCCGGCCUGACGGGUGUUUAUUCUAUGCAAACUCCGCCGUCCGACGAGGACCUGGCUGUUCAGCCCCACUUUGGCGGGCGUGAGACCGAUACAAAGGCUCCCGCACCCGCCACGGCGUGGAUGGAGGUCUGGGACUUUGCCGGCGGCGCGAGUUUCCGGGCAUUUGUGGCGGACGACGGGGCUGAAAAGUCCCUGUUUGCCUUGUAUGACAGGAACGUCAUCGGACGUGACCUGAAGCCUGCGCUCAUGGCUCUGAUGGAGUUGGUUGACGGUCCACUGGACUGCCAGCAUCUCGUCAUCUGCAUUGACCGAGGCAUCGAGGAGGAAGACGCGAAAUCAUUGAUGAAGAGCCUGCAGUGGGUGGGCUUCGAGCUGACGACGCUGGACCGCUGGGCGCAUGAUGUGGACGUGACGAGCAACAGGUGGCUGUUCAUGGGCAUGGAAAUCUAG